AUGGAAGAAGCUAGCUUGCACCAGCAGCAGCAGCGCAAGCCUACGGUCGGCGCGCAGACCCGGGUCUGGCACACAAACGGUCUGCCGCGGGACCUUGAUAUACUCCCCUCCACAUCUGCGACUGGUGGAUACGCUUUAGGCACAUCGACCUCUGGCGCAAUGUCCCAUUUCUCAAUAGGUGCGGCCAACGCUCGCGCAUACAACCACAACCAGGGCGUACACAUGGCGCCACCUAUGAUCAUGCCGGAACUAGACUAUGAGGGCAGUUUGAGCCAUCAGUUCGACUACGCGGGCACACUGGUGGGACAAUCGACUGGCGUAAAGAACGAAACCGGGUACACGGAUGGUCCACUGUGGCCCUUGCCCAUGCGACAGACUGCUCUGCUGCAGCCAGUCGGCACGGCAGAUGGCUCCGAUGUCGACACCGGUACAGCCUCCUUGUCUCCAAGAAGCACCUAUUUCAGCGAGCCCUCGGAGCAGGGCACGGCAUACUCACCGGUUCCGGGAUGCGAAGAAGCGAGCAGCCGUGGUCCUUGGACUGAGCAAUCGUCUGUAUCGCCCACUCAAAUCAAGCAAUCACCGUCACAUUCUAACUUUUCUGGCUUCCGUGAGCAGCUCACGUACGCGGCUGGUGGAGGACUGGGACGUGGUAUGCCAGGAUCACGCUCGACCCCGGUCGAUGCCGCGCCAUCCGUAGGGCAGCACUACCAUGCUGGGUUUGCUCCACAAGUGGACCAGUUCAGUCUCCCUUGGAUACCCAUGGUGAACCAGACCGGUGGCAUGAGUGCACUUGCCUGGCAGCCUUCCAUGUACUCGCAGAUACAGCCCAACACGCAAUCACCGUACUACCGUACAGGCUUUGCCAACUCUGUUCAGCAGAACGCCCCCAGCCCCGGAGCGAACGCAAGUGGAGCAAUUGUCCAGAGCCGUGAGCCGUCUCGCGAAGUGCAUCGCAAUGCGCCCGGGCUAGAGGCACACGGACUUCCUCGUACACCAGACGAACAAGCGCAGCGGGACGUCGAGAACCGUAUCCUCGUCCAGGGUAAAGCAGCCGGUUUGACCUACAAGGAGAUUCGUGCUAGGAUCAUUGGGCGAUUUGGCGGCGAGAUUGCCGAGUCAACUCUGAGGGGUCGGCACCGGGCCAUGACCAAGCAAAAGAAAGACCGCGUCCGCAAGCCCACGUGGAUGCCGAAGGAUCUUCGGCUCUUGAAUGAGAUCGUACAGCAGCAGUUUGACAGUAUCGACGACGGUCAUCGGGCCAUGGACACGACCGCUCGUCUCAAUAAGGUGUCAUGGAAGAAGGUCGGAGAGUACAUCUCCGAGCGCGGCGGAUCGUACCACUUCGGCAACUCUACUUGCAAGAAGAAGUGGUUGGAGAUCAACCAGCGCGAUUGA